AUGUUUGCGUUUCACCUCAUCCUGCUUUGCUUCGUGCUAUUUGCAGUGUGCCGUGCAGAAAAUGUCAGCCCACGCGUCGAUUCCUCACUGACGGGCCUGGUUUCGGAUUCAUCAACAGAUGCAAAAGAGCUGUGGAAACGCCGAAAGGGAGGCGGAGGGUCCGAUAGCGACAGUAGCUCUGGAUCUGGAUCUAGCUCCGACUCCAGUGGUGACUCCGGUAGCUACGACGACGACGACGACGACGACUAUACCUACGGCCAAGUCCCGGAAGACGACAACGUCUGGUAUAGCUGCACGCGACCCAUGAACAAAACGCGCCCUGCGGAGAAUACACUAGGCUACGGGGGCUGGUAUACCGUUGGAAAUGGACAAAAGAAUAGCACACAAGGCGGGUAUACCGCAAAAGGCUCAGGCAGCGCCCCCCACUGGGACAACAGUACCGGAUCAUGGUCCUACAAUAAAUACCCAUCCUAUCUCGACCCGCCAGAAACGCUCUCAUACACCGGCGGGGCAGCAGUACCAUAUCUCUCAGGAAAAGUCUCACCGAACGGCGUAUCCCCACGGAAAUUCACCAACCUGCCCUACACCCCAGACCUAGAGGAAUAUCCAUCCGGAUACGAGUGUACAAUUCCCAACACGAACUACGCAUACAAAUACGAGGCGGAAUUCGAAUACACCGAGUCGGACGACGACUCGUCACACAGCGCGCCGAUAUAUUGCUGCUGCGCGCUGGGCUCGCUGUGCGGUUGCGACGACUUCCACCAGAACUCCAGUUUCGUCCUAGCCAUGCUCGAGAGGGAGAUGGCCAGUGUCAAUCCCCUGAAUAGUACGAGCGUCUGCGCAAUUGACAUCGAGGGCGAGACGACGGUUCUUGUCUCCGGCACGCUGGAGGACGGGUCGACCAAGGCGGAUGGGGAGACGGAGUCUCUGACGGAGACGAUUUCGACGACGGGGUUGACGAGGUGUAUGCGGGCUACGGGGGCGCCUGAUGAGGUUUCUACUGCCGGGAUGAGGGUGCUUGGGGGGCCGUCGCAGAGGGCGUUUGUUCUUGCGUGGGUUGGGACUGUUGGGGCGGGGGUUUUGGUUGGCAUGGGUGUUGUUCUGUUGUAA